AAGUGAACCGGUUGUCCGCGGUGAUCAGUCGAGUAGCAGUCAGGUUCUAGUCCUAGUACGUCUAACUAGUCCUUUAAACUCUCAGAGGUCCAAGUCCUCUAACUAGUACUCUAACCCCUCAGAGGUCCUAUAACCUCUCAGAGGUCCGAGUCCUCCAAAGAGUCCUCUAACCUCUCAGAGUGCUGAUCGAUAUGUUCUGUGAGAAAUCGAUCGAGUUGAUCAGGGAACUACAGCGCGUGAGCGAUGGACAGCUUCCCGCCUUUAACGAGGACGGGAUUCGACAGGUUCUGGAGGAGAUGAAAGCUCUGUACGAACAGAACCAGAGCGACGUCAACGAGGCCAAAGGGGCGGGCCGGACGGACCUCAUCCCCUCAAUCAAGCUGAGACACUGCUGCCUGCUGAGGAACCAACGCUGCCUCAGUGCCUACCUGUACGACCGGCUGCUGAGGAUCCGCGCGCUGCGCUGGGAGUACGGCAGCGUGCUCCCGCCCAACAUCCGCUUCCACAUGUGUUCUGAGGAGCUGCAGUGGUUCAACCAGUACAAGAAGUCUCUGGCCAACUUCAUGAGGUCCGUGGGAGGGGAGGAGGGGCUUGACAUCACCCAGGACAUGAAGCCCCCAAAGAGCCUCUACAUAGAGGUCAGGUGUCUGAAGGACCAUGGGGAGUUUGAGAUCGACGACGGAACCAUCAUCCUUCUGAAGAAGAACAGCCAGCACUUCCUGCCCAGGUGGAAAUGCGAGCAGCUGAUUCGCCAGGGGGUCUUGGAGCACGUGAUGUCAUGAGCCUUGACGGCGUUACCAUGACCACCACAGGGAGGCCUGCUUUGUAAAAGCCUCCAUGUAUGCCUGGCUCCAACACCGCAAGACACAUCGCUGCCCUUUUCCCUGAUGUUGGUUUACAGCUCACCCUCCACCUGAACACACCUCCACCCACGUCCUCUUCAUAUGACGACAAGACGAAAGGAGUUAGGGUCAGGGUUGUGGGGUUUAUUGCUGCAGGUUGAAACACGGCUCAUGGGUCAUGAUUGUGUGUCCACUUCAACCUUGGGAUUGGGACCCACAUCCUGUCCUAAUACUUCAACAUGUACAUAAGUUACGUCCACCUGGACAGCAGUGCAUUGGGGACAAAAUUUAUCAAAACUUCACCUGUAAAUACUGUUUUGGUUUGAGUUGUACUAAAUAAAGUUGUUUCUGCGCAAGA